AUGGCCACACCGAAUCUUCUCCUCACACUAUCCGUCUGGCUCUUGGCUGGGAGCCUUUUAUCGGAGGCGACUUACUACCGGCACCACCGCUACGUCCCCCACUUCUAUCGCUACCGGGAGCAUUCCGCCAACACUGAAAACCUCCUCCCUGAAGUCUCCAACCCGGUGGCUGAAGUGUCGCAGCCUGAUGUGCCGACCUACCCCGAGAUUCCUGAGGUCUUCCACCCGGCGCCUGAAGUCAUCCACCGCGUACCAGAGGCUUUCCACCCGGUGCCUGAAGUCAUACAUCCUGCACCUGAGCCUUACCACCCACCUGUGGUUUUUCAGCCCGUACCUGAAGCCUCCUCUCCCGUCAACCAGAGCCGUGUUUUCUAUGGGAUCAUGUUUGACGCUGGGAGCACAGGCACCAGGAUCCACAUCUAUAAAUUCAUCCAGAAAGACCCCGUUGAGCUGCCAGUUCUGGACAAUGAAAUGUACCAUGCAGUGAAGCCCGGACUGUCUGCGUAUAAAGACAACCCUGAGGAGGGUGGCAACACCAUCCGACAGUUGUUGAAGAUUGCCAAGAAGACAGUCCCAGAGGACGAGUGGAAGAGGACCCCGGUUGUCCUGAAGGCCACAGCGGGUCUGCGUCUGCUGCCUGAAGACAAGGCAAACGCUCUUCUGAAGGAGGUGCGAGAGGUAUUUUCUGAAUCCCCCUUCUUUAUGCCAAACACCAGUGUUUCCAUCAUGAAUGGAACAAAUGAAGGAGUCCUCGCCUGGGUCACAGUGAACUUCCUCACAGGUCACUUGUAUUCCAACACGAGGAAGACAGUGGGGAUCUUGGAUUUGGGUGGAGGAUCUACACAGAUCACAUUCCUUCCCAAGUCAAAGAAAACAGUUCAGUCUGCUCCCUUCAGUUACAUCGCCAGAUUCAACCUGUUCAACAGCACAUAUGAACUCUACACACACAGCUACCUUGGUAAUGGACUGUAUGCAGCUCGAUUGGCAACUCUUGGAGCAUUAGGAGCUGAUGGUCUAGAUUGGAAAGUCUUCACUAGUUCCUGCCUCCCGAAAAAGUUCAGAGAAGAUGUGACUUUUGGAGGAACCACCUACAAAGUUAGCGGGAUUCCAGACGGCUAUGCGGGCUAUAAGCUGUGCUACUAUGAGGUGAUGAAGGUCAUCAAAGGAAUAGUGCUCCAGCCUUACGAAGUGAAAGGCAGCAGCGUCUUCUACGCUUUCUCCUACUACUUCGACAGAGCUGUGGAGUCUGGCCUCAUCGAUGGUAGCCGGGGUGGUGCAAUUGAAGUCAGGGAUUUCAAGAAGAGAGCCAAAGAAGUGUGCAACAAAAUGACCAAAUACCGUGCUAUCAGCCCCUUCCUCUGCAUGGAUAUGACAUAUAUCACUUGCCUGUUAAAGGAGGGCUUUGGCUUCAAGGACAACACUGUGCUGCAGCUUGCCAAAAAGGUGAACAAUGUGGAGACGAGCUGGGCCCUGGGAGCAACCUUCGACUACUUCAGAAACCUCAACAUCCACUAA